AUGCCCCGCGCCCCACGCCCCGGCCCCGGCUCCGGCCGCGGCCGCGGCUCACACUGCAGCCCCUGCCCAGGGCCCUGCCUGGGUGCCCCCGACCGCGGCCCACGGGACCCCACGCCCCCCACGGCCCCCGCGCGCCGCAGUCCCCGGAGCCGCCGUCGGAGCCAAGCCCGGAGCCGCCCCGGGAGCCGCCCGCGCAGCCCCACGCCCCGCGCCGCCCGCCGCCAGCGCCCCCGGGCUGCACAAUGCGCCGCGCGGCCGGGGCCCGUCGCCCCGGGCAACCGCAGGACGCGGGGCAGCGCGCCAGGGGGCGGGGGCGCGCGGCCCGGCCCGGGCGCCCGGACGGCGGAGGGGAGCAAGGGCGCGGUGCCCGAGGCCGAGCCCCGGAUGGAACCCGGGGAAGGGAAGCGGCUCCCGGCCACGUCGUCGGAAGGGGAGCGGCGAGGAGACCGCAAAUUAAAACGAGGAAUUUCCCAAGACUUGAUUUCUUCCCCCGAAUUGGACAAAUACAAAAUAGCGAGACAGUUAACGGAAAAGGCAAUUAAGGAAAAGAAGAUCUUCUCCAUCUACGGACACUACCCGGUGAUCCGGGCCGCCCUGCGGAGGAAGGGCUGGGUGGAGAAGAAGUUCCACUUUCUGCCCAAGGUCGUUCCGGGUGUCGAAGACGAAGGGGCAGGGGUGCCGGAAAACAAACGUGCCGAAGGCAAAGAAAAUCAAGAAGUGGCUUUGGAGGAAACAAACGACAUCCACGAUGUGAUGUCCAGGUUGGUGAAAAAUGAAACACCGUACUUUCUCUGGACCAUCAAAAGGGACAUCAUUGACUUUCACAGCUUGAGCUGUGGCCAGAUGCUGAAUCACUACAGGAAGACGGCAUCCUUCACCACCAAGAUCGGGCUGUGCGCCAGCAUGCGGAGCCUGCCGUGGUACGUCCAGGCCGACCCCGACUCCUUCUUCCCGCGCUGCUACGGCCUCCGCACCGAGAGCGAGAAGCAAGAGUUCCUGGACGACUUCCGGCGCACGGUGGCCUCCAGCAUCCUCAAGUGGGUGGUCAGCCACCAGGACUGCAGCAGGAGCAGACCCAGGAGCCGGAGGGAGGAGGCCGGCGACUGUGACCCCAGCAGCAGGAAAGUUCCCCAGAGCACAGGAUCGAGGCUCACGGGCCUCUCAGGGCAGCUUGUGGACGUCGCCUGCAAGGUGUGCGAGGCCUACCUGGGGCGGCUGCAGCACGAGGACAUCGACCUGUCUGAGAACGCCGCCGCGGACCUCACGGAGGACGAGUGGGAGGACCUGACCCAGCAGUACUACUCACUCAUUCACGGCGAGGCGUUCAUCUCCAGUUCGAGAAAUUACUAUGCGCAGUGCCACGCUCUGCUGAGCAAAAUCACCUCUGUGAACCCACAGACGGAGAUCGACGGGCUUCGGAACAUCUGGAUCGUAAAACCCGCGGCCAAGUCCCGGGGCCGAGACAUAGUGUGCAUGGAGCACGCGGAGGACAUCCUGGAGCUGGCGGCUGUGGACCCGCCCCCCGCCAAGGGCAGCAGCUGGGUGGUGCAGAAGUACAUCGAGACGCCGCUGCUCAUCUACGAGACCAAGUUCGACAUCCGGCAGUGGUUCCUGGUCACCGACUGGAACCCGCUGACCAUCUGGUUCUACAAGGAGAGCUACCUGCGGUUUUCAACGCAGCGCUUCUCCCUGGACAAGCUGGACAGCGCCAUCCACCUGUGCAACAACUCCAUCCAGAAGCACCUGAGGAACGACAAGGACCGCAGCCCCCUGCUGCCACGUCACAACAUGUGGACCAGCACCCGGUUCCAGGAGUACCUGCAGAAGAGGGGCCGCGGGGCCGUGUGGGGCAGCGUCAUCUACCCGUCCAUGAAGAGGGCCAUCACCAACACCAUGAAGGUGGCCCAGGACCGCGUGGAGCCGCGCAAGAACAGCUUCGAGCUGUACGGCGCAGACUUCGUCCUCGGGCACGACUUCAAGCCCUGGCUCAUCGAGAUCAACUCCAGCCCCACCAUGCGCGCGUCCACGCCCGUCACGGCCCAGCUCUGCAUGCAGGUGCAGGAGGACACCAUCAAGGUGGUGGUGGACCGCAGGGUCGACCAGAACUGUGCCGUCGGCAACUUCGAGCUGCUCUGGAGACAGCCUGCAGUGGAGCUGCCCCCUUUCCAGGGCUCCGACCUCUUUGUGGAAGGCGUGGGCAUGAGGAAAGCCAAGAAGCAGAUGCCGCCCAUCUCCAGCUUUGACUUUGCGUCUCCGCUCUCGAGCAGUCAUCCACUGAGAGAGAAGCGCCCCUCGGCCAUGCCAGACCUGGCUCUGGAACCCCCACGCGCGGCUCUCCAGCAAGACUUGAGACGGAAAGACGCAAAGGUACUUCCUCGCACCUUGGCUGUGCCCUUAAAGAGGCUGGUGGAGACGAGAGCGAACGUAAAGUGCGACCGCAGGGAGUCUGGCGGGAAGAUGGAGCGCCCCACCUGCACCUUUCAGCCCCUAGACGCCAAGGCCCCGAGCACGGCUCUCGCCCAGGCCGAUUCCCGCAGCCGCCCGGAUCCAAGUGUCUUAAGGGCGCGCCCACGGCCGUCCGUGCUCCCGGGCGUGAAGACGGUGGCGGGAGCGCCGCCUCGGCCGCCCAGACCAGCAGGUAACAGCGCGGGGCUCGCCCCCGUCCAAGCCCCGGGUCUGCCGGGGCUGCCUGCUCUGCCUGCUCUGCAGCCUCUGGGGCGGGGCGGGGCCUCGGCUGCGGGCCCGGCCUGA